GCUGAGGAUCGCCAGGUGUAGGGUACGAAAAGUUUAUACCUGAGGCACCCUAGCAAAAGCGAAUCCUGGCGGAAGCCGGCCUGAGGAAUACCCACAUUUUGUUAAUGUGGAUGUCAUAAAUUGAUAGGAGACGCAAACCGCAAGCGGUUCGCCCAAAAGAGCCUUGAGGAACGAAACUAGGUAUGGAAAUUUCAAAAAGCACUGGAGCCAUUCGCAUGUGCAAAACCUUUCUUAUUUGCAAGAUUUUCACAUGGAAGUUCGGCAGUGGCGGCAGCAGGGCUAGGAUUGGUGGGUGGUUGGUGGCUUAUUAAGCUAUGCGGGGCUGCUCAGACAGUCACUCCGCUUUUGGGGCUAGCCUUAGCAGGUUUCCGGCCCACCUCCACGAAGCUCUAGUGACAACCGCAUCGGAUGUUAUCAAGAUUUGUCUGCGGUAACCUGUUACCUCGAAGUCUAAAGCGGCGGCACGCCCCGAUGGUGUGAGAUCUUAUUCGGCUUCCGCAGUUUACUCAAGUCGUAAAGGGCUAGGUUACCAAGUUUAACGCGGUAGGCUGCAGGCAAGAGCGAGAGGAGACGUUCGUCGUUGGUUGUCGUCAUUCGGGAGGCGAAUGGAGAAUCGAAGCGAUUGUGCGUAAUUUGUUAGCUCGGCUUGCCAGCCAUAACGAACAACCUCGACUCCGUUAUUUUUCCAUUUCUCCGUUUUGAAAAAUGGUCGAUAACGUGCGAGAUCGACGCGUUAGGGGCUGUCAAGGGCGCAACGCGUGUUGCUGGUCUGCGCGCUGGAUUUGACAGGACAUGCCGAGGACAUUUUGUCAAUUUACCGCUUCUUGCGCCGCUAGCCAAUCAGUUUUGCGUCAAAACACGACUUGCGGUGCUGCGACGUGGAAAUGAUUGGCUGUGGAUGUGUUUUGGCAGAAGCCACUGCAGCCCCAAAGCUUUAUGGCAUUCAGCUGGCCCCGCCAUUCCUCCUCGCAACUUUGCAUUCUUUCGCAUGGUUGGCGUUCUCUUCAAAAGGACGGGGUUCGGUUUUGUCAAAUACAAUUGCGAUUCGAGACAGCACGUUCCCGCAUGGUACACCACAUCGUUCAGCACCUGGAACAGGAUGACCAUACCGGCGGAAUUUUUCAUGGCAGUCUUCGUGACGGUCAUCACCAUCCUGGCGACUGCUAUCCUCUUCGGCCGACACGCCAGGCAGCCGUCGGAGGCGCCAAAGCCCAAAAAAAAUGGCUUUCCGCGUCAAUGACAUCCCAAUCGACCAUGCGGAUGGGCUGGUGAACCGUACCCUGAGGUCUAUCGCUAAGCGCCUGCGGAACAGCACUGAUCGGAAGGAGUCAGACGCUCUGUACAAGGAUUUGCCGAAGGACAGUGUGCGGUUACUCCGGCUUCUGCCCCACCAAGACGAGAAUUCUCGCAUAGAAUGUCAGCUCAUUACCUGCUCCAUAUUGGACUCAGAAAAAACCCAUCCUUACGAGGCUCUAUCGUACGUAUGGGGAUCUGAAAAGAACAGGCUGCCCAUCCAUAUAGACGGCGUUAAGCAGCUUGUCCAGGCAAACCUCCACCGCGCACUUUUACAUCUUCGAGAUUGCUUUGUGGAGAGGAUCCUAUGGAUAGAUGCUAUCUGCAUCAACCAAAAAGACAACGAGGAGAAGGGGCAGCAAGUUCAGUCCAUGGCAAAGAUCUAUGCCAAAGCAAGCCGGGUAAUAGUGUGGCUUGCAGACCCCCCGGACAACGGAGAUCAAGCGGAUAACGGAAAUCAAGCGGACAGCGGAGAUCAAGCCCUCGAAGCAAUCCGCACUGCUGCUGAAGAGCAGCGUGUGGAUUCCCAACUGGACGAAAGGAAGCAGCAAGUGAUUCUAAGUCUACUGAGACGGAAAUGGUUCCAGCGCAUCUGGGUCCUUCAAGAGGUUGCUGCAGCUCGACAUAUCCUGAUCAAGCACGGUUCUACGGAAAUCGACGGAUAUGCAUUCUGCUCAGGCUUGGACGUACUCAAACCGUUCGAUAAGGCGCAUCCGGACCUACAGGCCCUAAUUCCACUGAUAGCCCACCUUAUAAGGGGCGCAGUUUUCCGGCGGCGGCAUGAAAGAGACGACACUAGUCGGCCAGCCAGGUUUUCCUUAAAUAUCCGCCCUUUAGGUGAGCUGGUGGAUAUGUACCACACUCGCAAGGCGACCGAACCUCUCGACAAGGUUUAUGCCUUGCUUGGCAUGAGCUCGGAUGCAGCAGAGAUCGAAGCAAACUACAAGGCUUCAUGGGAAGACCUGUUUCGGAAACUUAUCAACUUCAGCCUUUCCGAUCAGGUGUCCGUCAGCACUUGGGAACAAAAGGAGGUUGCGGUGAUUGAAGCCAAGGGUUGCGUUCUUGGUGAAGUAUCUUCCGCCGGAGACGACGCAAAUCAGGACGGACAGAAAGUGGAGAUUACUUGGAAGACAGCGCUCGACCUCUCUGAUAGGAAAGAGCAACAAAGCUCCCACUUCGCCUUACAGCCUUCAGCAAAGGCCGUCGAGAAAGGCGAUGUCGUCUGUCUCCUACAAGGAGCAUCAAAGCCGACAAUUAUCAGGCUAUGCGACGGUUUCUCGGCCAUUGUCAGGAUUGCAGGUCCCGCUACAGACCGUCUGCCUAAAUGGCCGGAUUCAGAAACGGCAUUGCCCGCCGAUUUACUGCUGAUCUGGGAUUGGGACGAAUCUAAAGGGAAAUCCCAAGGUGGAAAAGGCUACGAGCACCUCGUAAGCAGCCGAAGGGUUCCCAAAUGUCCUAAUACGGAGUGCCAGUGCCAAGAUCAUCUGGACAAAGCUUCAAGAUUAUGGAAUUUCGGAAUCCUGCUGAACAAAGUGUGGCGAUAUGAUGAAGCGGUAAAAAAUCUUCGAAAAGCCGUGGAGGUUUAUGGGACUGGGGCGGCAUUGAGAAGUGGGGACAGCCCCUACGCUGACCAUGGCCCUUGGAAAGAGGCGGAUAAGAGGGUACUGGGGAUGAUGGAUGAUUUGCUCAUCGACGACAAUGGCGCUGUUAAAGCAAAGGACAAAAGUGACCUGGCGUCGCUCUCAAGGGCGAUCUCAAAUGGGCGCGAGGCCGUCAUCCAGCUAUUAGUCGACACAUGCAAGGCCGAUAUCGAAUCGAAGGAUAAAAAGUACGGGCAGACGCCGCUGUCGAGGGCAAUCUCGAAUGGGCACGAGGCCGUCAUCCUGCUGCUUGACACAGGCAAGGUCGAUCUCGAAUCGAAGGAUAAGUACAGGCGGACGCCGCUGUCAAGGGCCGCCGGCAACGGGCACGAGGCCGUGGUCAAGCUGCUGCUCGGCACAGGCAAGGUCGACGCGGAUUCGAAGGGCAAGGACGGGCGGACGCCGCUGUCGUGGGCCGCCAGGGGCGGGCACGAGGCCGUGGUUAAGCUGCUGCUCGGCACAGGUAAGGUCGACGCGGACUCGAAGGACAAGGACGGGCAAACGCCACUGUCGUGGGCCGCUAGGGGCGGGCAUAAGGCCGUGGUCAAGCUGCUGUCGAAUGAGGACGGGCUCGUUGCGAAACUUCUCGAAUAA